CAGACAGAGCCAGACGCAGCUGUUUGAAGUAAGCAAACGCCUGAGUGACUGUGUUAUCUGAUGUCAUUUGACGAGACUGUCAUUUGAUGGUCGUAGACCUUUCAAGGGUCUUUUUUUAAAACACAGAUAAAGGCAAUGUCAACUUGUCAGAGAAGAGCAGACUAAACAAGAGCCAGGGGAUAAAACACAGCUCAGAUAUGAAGAGGCAGCAUGACCACCUCUCAGCCAGCAGCCUCGUCCAUACCGAGAGUGUCUAGCCUGGUUCCAGGGAAUGUUUACCAGUAGGACAGAGACAGGUGAAGGUGAGGUAAUCGGCGUCAUGUUGUUAGAGAGGAAGUGCACUUCCAAGUGUUUUUCAGCUUGUGCGAUAGAGAGCAUGCAUUACGGUCAUUAUCUUGAGGAAGGUUUUUAAUGCGUGUCCAUUAAAGGAGAGACAUCAUCCUGUUGAGCAGCAGAAGAAUGCUCUAUCAGCCAGCACUAUCAGGGGCUCUCCAGACCAGGACACCACUGUCCUUACAAGAGGUCUAAAAUGGAACUCUGAAGACAAGAGACCGAGAGGGCACACCAUGUGACUCAUGUCAAGUGGCCAUCUAGCUGGGCUCUGUGUGUGUGUGUAUACAGGACCACUCCUUAUCUGUGAAGGACUGCUAGGAUGAGGUGUCUCCCCAGCAAUCAGACCGCUGUCCAGAGAGUCUGGAACAGCUGCUGGAGGAGACUUCACCCAGACGGAACUCUGGAUAGACACUGGAUAGAGAACUCCAUAGAGGAACACUGGAUAGAGAACUCCACACAGGAACACUGGAUAGAGAACUCCACACAGGAACACUAGAGAACUCCACACAGGAACACUGGAGAACUCCACACAGGAACACUGGAUAGAGAACUCCAUACAGGAACACUGGAUAGAGAACAUUUAGAACCACUGGACCGAGUGCUCCAGGAGAUCGGAGAGCCAGGCUGGCUGCAGCUGGGGUCUGGCUGAAGGCAGGACGGGAGCAGAGAGGGCAUCUGAUCAGAGCUGGAGCCAAGGGAGGAUCCAUCCCACAGGGCUGUUCUCCAGGGGCCUGGUUUCUCUCCAGCGGCUGGUCUCUCUCCCAGGCCGCACCACCACCAUGACGGAGUGGACCCUGCUCAAGCGGCUGCUGGACGCCGUUCACCAGCACUCCACCAUGAUCGGCCGGCUCUGGCUCACCGUCAUGGUCAUCUUCCGCUUGCUGGUGGUCGCCGUGGCGACGGAGGACGUGUACGCGGACGAGCAGGAGAUGUUUGUGUGCAACACCCUGCAGCCCGGAUGCUCCACGGUGUGUUACGACGCCUUCGCGCCCAUCUCCCAGCCUCGCUUCUGGGUCUUCCACAUCAUCAGCGUCUCCACGCCCUCCCUCUGCUUCAUCAUCUACACCUGGCACAACCUCUCCAAGGUGCCCCAGGGCCAGAGGAGGGACCAGGGCCAGGGAGCCAACCCGGGAGACGGGGAGCGCGACGUGGGACGAGAGGCCUUUGACAGGAGCUGCGAUUCCGACAGCUGCUCCAUCCGCUCCCACAGACACCUGGGCCACAGCCUGGCUGACGUGCUGGAGGGCAUCGCCACCCAGAGCCUCCAGAAGGGAGGCCCCAACACGGCCGUGUCCCUGACCCAGGCCCGGCCUCGCGCCCGCCGAGAGGGGGACCGGGACGGCCCGGGCGGGACCGGAGGCGUUCUGUCCAAGUACUACGUGUUCCACGUGUGUUUCCGCGCGGUUCUGGAGGUGGGCUUCGUCCUGGCUCAGUGGGUGCUGUUCGGGUUCCGGGUUCCGUCCCACUUCCUGUGCUCCACGCCGCCCUGCUCCCAGCCGGUGGACUGCUACGUCUCCAGGCCCACGGAGAAGAGCAUCUUCCUGCUCUUCAUGUUCUGCGUGGGGAUCUUCUGCAUCCUGCUCAACCUGCUGGAGCUCAACCACCUGGGAUGGAAGAAGGUCCGUCGCGUGGUGCGGCUGAGGGAGGGGUCCUCCUGGAGGGGGCGCCAAGGCAGGAGGGGGGGGUACGAGACUUUCGCUCCCGACAGCCCCUCCCUGACCUCCUCCAUGGGCUUCCGGGAUGUGACCAGCACCGCCUCCCUGCCCACCCUGGACCUGGUGGUGGGUCACAGGCCGGACUGGACCUGCGCAGGGAACUGCGCCCUGUUCAAGGAGGCGGAGGCGGGCUUGGAGAGCAGGCUGCAGCCCCUGAAGAUCCAGGACGCCCAGAGAGGAGGGAGGCAGACCCUGAAGAGCACAAGGGAGGGGAGGGACGCCAAGCACCACAGCACAGAAGUCUGGAUAUGAAGGUUUAGAUCAUAACAUUGGUUAAGUUCUGAACUCAAAUGACGGGUCUGGCUGUUGCCAUGGUGGGGCUUUUCAAGCUUUUGGGAUUUUAAAGAAGAGCAAAGAAAUAAAAAGUGUUAAACGUUGAAUGAGUCUUAAAACCUUAAAGCAGUAAUGUAAGUAAUUACUCUAUUAAGGGAAAUGUUGUGGCACCAUAUAUAAGACAACAGCCAAGAUCAGGGUCAAAUACAAGAAUCAGAAACCUGUGUGUAUCAAAACCUGUUUACUGAGCAGAUGUAAUAUUAUGUAGAUCUGGGUG